CUUCACCCAGCCCUCAAGCUCACAUACUUCCGCAAAGCGGGCUGGACGCCUGAGUGGAUUCAAAUUGCGCGCGACCUCACCAAGGAGGUCUGGCUGAACUACUACAAGAUCGACACCCCUGCCAAUGACGAUGACGAGCCACCCUCCACGCCUGCCGCCUCCACCUCUGCGUCGACAUCUCGGUCGUCCGCAUCAGGCGUCAAGAGCCGUGCUGCGCGCAAGAGCUCUCAUAGUGUGAGCGCUGCCGUAAGUCACACCAAAUCCCUCGCCGUGCUUGACGAUCCCAGCUCACAUAGUCACACUUCUUUCGCAGCUCUUUGCCAAUAUUACUGCGCGGGCGUCGCGUGA